AUGGCCCAACCUAGAGUUAGUAAUCACAUCAAUACUACAGCGAAUAUUCCAGGAGCGGUAAUGAAUGCCGUUCUGCUUUCUGGAUCAUUGAAUAUUGUUCACGGCAAUGCUCAGAGUCUUUGUGCACGCAGAUUCAAUAAGUUUGAGGAAGUUAAGCUUGCACUGCAAAGUUCCAAAAUUGGGAUUGCCUGCUUCAUGGAAACUUGGCUGACUGAAAGGAAAAGUGACAACUGUGUAUCUGUUCCGGGAUAUUCUAUGAUUCGCAACGAUCGCAGUUACAGACGUGGAGGGGGUAUAAUCGUGUACUUUCGCUCUUAUUUACACUGCACCAAAUUGUUUGCUACUGAACUCACAUGUGAUGCGGAAGAUAAAACGGAAUGUUUGGCGCUUGAUGUUAAAGUGAACAACGGAAAGAUAUUACUGUUAGUGAUUUACAACCCGCCUGAGAAUGAUUACUCUCGAUUCAUCGCUGAUAAGUUGUGUAUGUUUUCAGACUCUUACGAGAAUGUUGUUUUAAUUGGUGAUCUUAAUACUGAUCUGUUGCGGUCGAGCAGAUGGCAGGAAAAUCUAACAUCGGUAUUUCAAUCAUUUUCUAUGACAAGUACAGGCGAAGAACCUAUUUUUUUCCACGACUCUGGCUGCUCGCAGCUGGACUUGCUUGUCACGAACGACUGCUCAAAAAUUCUUCGUUUCAGCCAGGUUGGCUUCUCCGGGCUUUCACAGCACGAUUUGAUAUUUGCUUCCUUGGAUUCCGUGGUUACCAGAGAAGAGCAGAAAAUCACUUUCAGAGACUAUGUGAACUUUGACGCGCAAGCCGUGGCCAAUGCAGUUCUGUCGGUUCCAUGGAAUGAAUUUUACGUUUUGACAGAAGUUAACCAGCUAGCAAGUUUUUUCACUCACCAGAUGAAAACGAUUCACGACGAGUAUAUACCGCUUCGAGAAGCAAAGGCCAACAAAAGAUCUAAUCCUUGGUUCAAUGCUGAUGUUCGACGUUCUAUCUUGGAACGGGAGCUAGCAUAUAAAGAAUGGCAACAAUCUCCUUCUUACUUGAAACAUACAAAACACCAGCACUUCAAAACACUGAGAAAUCGUACCAAUUUAUUAAUCCGGCGAGCAAAAGAAGCUUACUUCGAGCGAUUUUUGGGCGAUUAUGGGAAUAUUGGAAACUUGUGGAAACGGGUGAAAAGCCUAGGUGUCUGUCGCAAAGUGUCAUCAGCCGAGUGCAAUUUUGAUCCUGACGAAGUGAAUAAUACUUUUUUGUCUAACUGUACACCUGUACAGCACCUGUACCAGCAAGCAACAGUUGGAGCAUCCCCGGCGGAAGCAUUUCGGUUCAAACAUAUUGAAACAUGGGAAGUAAUUAAUGCUGUCUGGGACAGUACGUCAAAUGCUGUUGGGUCUGAUGGUAUUCCAAUAAAAUUCAUCAAGAUUCUUCUUCCGCUGGUCGUCGAGCAGAUCUGUUUCCUGUUUAACAGAGUUAUUGAAACUGCAACCUACCCCGAUGUCUGGAAGCAAAUAACCGUGCUGCCGCUUCGGAAGAAAUCGCACCUGAAUUCGCUAACUAAUCUUCGACCAAUUUCUAUCCUGUGCGCUCUUUCUAAAGUUUUCGAGAAACUUAUUGGACAACAAAUUUCUUCUUUUUUGUUCAACAAUUUUCUGCCGAGGCUGUAA